GCGGUUGUGUCAAUUCUUCGUUUGCCGGCAAGGCUGCUCCUCGGCCCCGCUCUCCCUCCCUCGGGCUGCCCGGAGGGCUUCUCCCCCUCAGGAGGAAGGUGCCACCAGGAAAAUCUUUCAAGGAAGUUCUGCUUGCAGGAUCCAAUCUGGCUCAGUCACCGGGACCAGAGGUUUCGUCUUCUCAGCUUUUGGACUCAUGCUGGAGCUCGUCCUCCUGCCCACCUUCUAACUUUUUCGCCAAAAUUCUGCUUGUUCGAGUUUCCUGGGAUGGAAAGCCCUGGAAGUGAGCAGCCUCUGGAAACUAUGCAGAGGGAGGAACACGUUGGCCAAAGGUCCACUGAGAAGAAUCUGGGGAGACUCUACAAAUGCUCCAAGUGUGGGAAAUCCUUUGCUCAUCGGUCCUUCCUUUUGAUCCACUGGAAGCUGCAUAUGGGGAAUGGAUCCCACCUGUGUUUUCAUUGUGGAAACUCCUUUCCUGGAAUGUGGAGCUUUGCCAAACAUCUCCGGAGCCAUCCUGGACUGAGGCCUUAUAAAUGCGGAGAGUGUGGGGAGCGUUUUGCUAAAGGAUCGAACCUUGGAGCCCAUCAGCGAAUCCACCAGGGAAAGAGAUCUCAGGAAUCCUGGAAGCGCUGGGGAAAAUUUCCUGGGAGACAGCGUCUUUCUAGGCCUCAGAAGAGCCCGGCUGAAGAGAAGCCCUGCAAGUGUGUGCAAUGUGGGCUGUGCUUUUCUCAAACCUCGCAGCUGCUUAAGCAUCAGCAAAUCCACACCAGAGAGAAACCUUAUCAAUGUCUGGAGUGUGGGAAAUCUUUCCGUUAUAAACAAUUGUUUAGAAAACAUGAGAAAAUUCACACAGGACAGAGUCCUUAUAAAUGCUUUGAGUCUGGAAAAUGUUUCACUCGGAGCUCAUCUCUUUGCAAACGUAAUAAUACAUACACAAAGGAGGAAAGCAAAACGUGCCGAGAAUGUGGGAAAUGUUUUUCCAAGAAAUCAUUACUAAUUCAACAUCAGAGAAUUCACACAGGAGAAAGACCCUAUCAGUGCCCAGAAUGUGGAAGAUGUUUUGGCCAUAAGUCAAACCUAAUUCGACAUCAGAAUAUACACGCCGGAGAAAGACCCUAUAAAUGCCCAGAAUGUGGGAGAUGUUUUGGCUACAAGUCACACCUAAUUCGACAUCAGAGUAUACAUACCGGAGAAAGACCCUAUCAAUGCCCAGAAUGUGAGAAAAGAUUUGUGGAUUCUUAUGAACUUCGGAGACACCAAAAGACGCACAAGGGAAAAAAACAACAUAAAUGUAAAUCACAACUAAUUAGACAUCAGAGAAUUCAAGAAUGUCCAGAAUGUGGGAAAUCUUUUUCCAGAAAAUCAUCCCUAAUUCAACAUCAGAGAAUUCACACAGGAGAAAGACCCUAUCAGUGCCCAAAAUGUGAGAAAAGAUUUGUGGAUUCUUCUGAACUUCAAAGACAUCAGAAGGGGCACACAGGAGAAAAACUAUAUAAAUGUAAUGACUGUGAUAAAUGUUUUUCUUCGAAGAAAACUCUUUUUCAACAUCAGAGUAUCCAUACAGGGGUGAAGCCCUAUAUGUGCAUUGAAUGUGGAAGAUUUUUCCGUAUAAAACAAAGCCUCAGAAGACAUGAGAAUGUUCAUAGAGGGGAAAAAAAGUUCAAAUGUUUAGAUUGUGGGAGAACAUUUGCUAAUUCAUCAACCCUUAGAAUUCACUGCCAAGCCCAUACGGGUGAGAAACGCCAUAAAUGCACAGUGUGUGAGAAAUCUUUUACCCGGAAAGCUACACUUUGGAGGCAUCAGAGAACCCACUUAGAAAAACAAUAUAAAUGUCCGGAAUGUGAGAAAACUUUUCAUUGCAAACAUUAUCUUAGAAAACAUGAGAGGAUUCACAAAGGAGAGAAACCUUUCACGCGAGUGGGUGUGCAGAAAAAUGAAAAAUGCCCAGAAUGUGGGAGUUGCUUUCGUGACAAGUCACAACUAAUUCGACAUCAGAGAAUUCAUACCGGAGAAACCCCCUAUCAGUGCCCAGAAUGUGGGAGAUGUUUUGGCUACAAGACAAGCCUAAUGCGACAUCAGAAACUUCACACUGGAGACACACCCUUUCAAUGCCCAGUAUGUGAGAAACGAUUUGUGGAGUCUGCUGGACUUCGGAGACAUCAGAAAAAGCACAUAGGAGAGUUGCCCUGUAAAUGUGAGGUAUGUGGGAAAGGUUUUCUCACAGCAACACUGCUUCAGGCUCAUCAGAGAAUCCACACAGAGAAGAAGCCGUACAAAUGUGAGGAGUGUGGGAAAUGUUUUUCUCGAAAAGAACACGUUGGAAGGCAUCAAAAGGUCCAUACGCGAGUGAAGCCAUAGAGAUGCAUAGAGUGCAGUUUAACUCUUUGAAGUGUGAUGUAUGGUUUGUGUGGAAAACUAGUCUUUCGGCAUCAGUGAAUUCUUACUGGAAACAUUUUAUCAGGGCUGCUUAGAAUGUGACAAAGAUUUUUAUCGGAUCAUCAGAUCUUCAGAUCCACAUGAAAAACCCACACAGGAGGAAAACCUUACAGGUGUAUAACAUGAGAAUACUUUUCCUUGCCUGUUGCAAUGUCUGGCCUCCUGGAGUUUGUUCAUUAAAAUUGCUUCCUUGGAAGUUUUCUUUGCCAAGUUAACUUGUUAUAAUUUUUUAAAAUUUUAAUUCUAAGAUAUGAAUAUAGAAAUCUGAUAUGAGUGUGAAAACCUAAUAUCUAAUGUGAAAUUGUCUGGAAUCGUUUAAAGGACUCCUGCCUUGGGCAGGGAAGGUAGGAUUAGAAGACUACAGCUCUGUUAUCUGUGGUAGCUCACUUUUAGUUUCUUUUUCCUGUAUAACUCAUUGCCAAGCCCCUUAUAUACGCUUUACUAGUGUCACAUAUGUUUUGCAAUGAUGUAUCUUCUUUUCAAUUUUCUUUAAUCUACGGGACCGUCUACUGCCGGCCUCUAUCUCCCAUCGUCCGGUGCACUCCCACAGAGAGGGACUCCUCAGGGUGCCGUCAGCCAAACAGUGUCGACUGGCGGCCCCCAGGGGGAGGGCCUUCUCAGUGGGGGCUCCGACCCUGUGGAAUGAACUUCCCCUCGGACUUCGACAAUUACCUGACCUUAGGACCUUUCACCGCGAACUUAAAACUUAUUUAUUUCGCAUGGCUGGACUAGCUUGAUUUUUACCUUUGAAUUUUAAUUGAAUUGGAUGGGUUUUUAAAGUUUUGUAAUUUUAUGGGGGAGUGUGUUAUUUUAACAUUUGGGCAAAUUUAAAUUAGUUUUUUAAGAGAUGUUUUUAACUAUUGUGUGUAUCUGUAUUUUAUCUGCCUGUUCACUGCCCUGAGUCCUUCGGGAGAAGGGCGGUAUACAAAUUAAAAUAUUCAUUCAUUCAUUCAUUCAUUUAAAGAAAAAAGUCAAUUUUUUUUCAUAUAUUGUAUAAAAUCUUUCUCAUUUAAUAAGCUUUGAUUUUGUGUCCAUCGCAUUCUUUUUCUCUGUCCUUUCCAUAUCAUCAUUAUGACUUAAGCAAAAUCAUGUUCCAUUUAACUGUUCUGUAAAUGACAUAAGGGGGAAGUAUGAUCUCUAGGGGAUUUUCCAGAGGAAGAAGAAGGUGCUGAAUAAGCCAGAAAUGUUAUGUAAUGUGUGAAAAACAAUGACAGGUGGGAGUGUUGUAACUGCCCUGUUGAUUGUCUGAAAAUAUAUUUAAACCAUGUAUUCGGAGCUGUCAGAUGUUCUCUCCCUUGCAAAGAACCCUUUUGCAAAAGCUUUUUGAAAUACAUCUUUUUGAAAAAA